AUGACGGCACAGUGGAGCCAUGCACCGUGCCACUUCCUUGCAGCGAACAAACUCAAUCAGCUUGAGCACAAGCCUCAUUUGACGAUGUCGAUUUGGUUGACGGAAAUCUCACGCGAAACGUCAAGUGUCGUCGUAGGCUGCAAGCUGUACAUGUGCGAUCAUGGCACACCUGUCCAACUAGCAGCGAUCGACAGCGCUCUGUGCCGCCAGCAGGAGAGUGAUUUGGGUGACCGCCAGUGCGGGCAACAAACGCAGGCUCGGCAUUGCCGGCAUGACUCCCGACGCAAGAUCAAGCAUUAA